AGUCAAUAAUAACAUGAACAACAUAACCUCAAUUUUUUAUUUAUUAUUUACCUUUUAAAUUGGUUUUUAGAACACAAUUAUAUAAAGUAUUAAGUAAAAAGUAAUUAUAAUCGUGUUUAAAAUUAAUAAAAAUGAAUACAUGUCGAUUUUGCUUAGGUUGUUCGGACUCCCAAUUCAAAUCAUUAUCAUCAUUAAACUCGGCUUAUUUAGAGUUAAUUCUCCCUGAAAUUGAUUUAACUCUUACGGAAUCACCCCAAAUAUGUCCAGAAUGUAUAUCAAGCCUCGAGGAGGCCUACAGUUUUAAAAUGAGAUGUCUCGAAACGCAAGAGCACCUAAAAACCAUUCAAAACACCAAGAUAAAAUGCGAAACUGAAUCUUAUUAUGAACCUUUUCCCGAAUCAACAAAUUAUGUUAAAUCAGAAAACAUCAAUGAUGAUAAUUUGAGUUACGAGUUUCACCAUGAAAUAGAAAAUUUUAAUUCUAAUUCGAUUCUAACGAAAGAUGAUGUAGAAAUAGGCCAAAACGAAAUUAUUAGUACUGAAAAUAUAAAAAAUUGUAAUCAAUCCCCAAAAAAAGGAAGCCACGAUAAACGUUAUCAAUGCAAUCAAUGCGGAAUUUCGUUCCAUUUCAUGUGUAAAUUACGUACUCACAUGGUUAUUCAUUCGGAUGAGAAGAAAUUUGUUUGCGUGAUUUGCCAGAAAGGAUUUCAUCGGGAGGCUCAUUUAAGGGCGCACAUGAACGUGCAUUGCGAAGAUAAGGUGAAACCUUACGAAUGCGACGUUUGCGGAAAAAAAUUUGGUUGGAAAAACGGUUUGAGACAACACAAAUUGACGCAUUUGGAUAAGGUGAAGUGUGAAAUUUGUGGGCAGUGGUUAAAAACGGUUUAUACGUUACGGAGACAUUUAAAAUUGCAUGAAACUCGUUAAUUUUGUUAUUUAUAUACAUAUUUAUUUAAUACUCGUGUUUUAAAUGUAUU